ACCCCUCGAGGAGUUGCCAUUUUGAGCAGAUACACUAAUUUUUUCUGACGGCGUUAAAUAUUUCGGGGUUUUUUCAGCUUUUUUGGACUUCAAGUUCACAUAAAAGUAGACGACUUUCCUUUGCUUCGGGCGGAAGAAAACUUUCUCCUCUUUAAGAUCCUCAUUUCGCUGACCCAACUCAUUUUGUUUUCUUGAUCCCUUCUUGUCUAUUUUCUUCCUCUGCACCCGUUAACAAUGGGAGAUAGUCAGUACUCAUUUUCUCUCACCACUUUCAGUCCAUCGGGAAAGCUUGUACAGAUCGAGCAUGCUCUAAUGGCCGUUGGGUCUGGUCAAACAUCGCUGGGAAUUAAAGCUGCAAAUGGAGUUGUUAUUGCAACAGAGAAGAAAUUGCCCUCAAUACUUGUUGACGAGUCCUCGGUUCAAAAGAUACAACUUCUCACGUCAAACAUUGGAGUAACAUACAGUGGAAUGGGUCCCGACUCUAGAGUACUUGUGCGAAAAAGCAGGAAGCAAGCACAGCAAUACCAUAAGCUAUACAAAGAGCCAAUCCCAGUGACACAGCUUGUAAGGGAAACAGCAACUGUAAUGCAAGAGUUUACUCAGUCAGGUGGAGUAAGACCCUUUGGAGUUUCUCUUUUGGUUGCUGGUUAUGAUGACAAUGGUCCCCAGUUGUAUCAGGUGGAUCCUUCAGGUUCUUAUUUUUCAUGGAAGGCUUCAGCAAUGGGAAAAAAUGUGACAAAUGCCAAAAAUUUUCUUGAAAAGAGAUAUACGGAGGACAUGGAACUUGAUGAUGCAGUGCAUACUGCCAUAUUGACACUGAAAGAAGGUUUUGAAGGACAAAUUUCAGGAAAAAACAUUGAGAUAGGAGUGAUUGGCACUGAUAGAAAAUUCAGAGUAUUGAGUCCUGCUGAAAUUGAUGACUUUUUGGCCGAGGUUGAGUAAUUUAGAUUACUAGCAUACAAAUUCAAUAUGCAAUAUAUUGGAUAUCCUUGUGCCAAUGUGGGUACGAGUUAAAGUUGACAAUUGUAUUGAAUUAUUUUAUAGAAACAAGGAAAUUCCUGAGGGCUUAUUUUAGUAAGUUAAUGAUUUUUCUGCCUGCAUGAAAUUUUUGAUGUUGGCAGCAUGCUAAAUUUUUAUUCAUGAAUUAGCUUUAAGAUCUUUGCAUCGCCA